UGGGCAAAAAUAGCUUUAUAGCAGUAACAACUAACCAGUCGUGGAAAUUCACUCUCCAGAAGAAACCCUAAUUCUCCCGUUUUGAAGAAGUGGAUUUUGGUGAUAAAAGAAGAUGCCAGACACCCAAGCUCUCGUCAAUGAUUUUCUUAACAAGCUUAAAAAACGUAAGAUUGAGGGUUCACAAGCAACAGCGAAGCAGACAGCGGAACUUCUUCGCUCAGUGAUUUCUCAAACUCGUGUGCCUUAUACGAACCAGGCUGCUGCUUUGAUUCAAUCGGUUAAAGUUGUUGGAGAACGACUAAUUGCUGCAAAUCCUGUCGAGCUUGCUGUGGGUAAUGUUGUGAGGCGUGUUUUGCACAUUAUCAGAGAGGAAGAUCUUUCUCUGACAACAGCUGCUAUGGCUGGAGUGAACUUGUCAGCAGUAAGUGACGAUGAAGAUGAUGCUGAUGGAGACAACCAACCAGUACUAUCAGCUGCUGCCAUUGCUGCUGCUUCUAGAAGCACUUUGCGUCCACCUUCCUUGCAAACACUACUUGAGGAUGUGCCCAACUCUGCAGCAGUCCCUCAUACUUCUUCUUCUGGCGGAGAUUCUGAAGGAAAAAGCAAAUCUGCCGACAAAAGUUCUAGAAGUCGGAAGCUGAAGCAUGAUGUCAUUGAAGCAGUCAAUGAACUUAUUCAAGACAUUAGCACUUGCCAUGAACAGAUUGCUGAGCAAGCAGUAGAGCAUAUACAUCAAAACGAGGUGAUAUUAACUUUAGGCAGUUCAAGAACCGUGCUGGAAUUUCUUUGUGCUGCAAAAGAGAAGAAAAGAUCAUUUCGAGUAUUUGUUGCAGAGGGUGCUCCAAGGUAUCAGGGGCAUCUUCUUGCAAAAGAAUUGGUUACGAGAGGUUUACAGACUACACUAAUUACCGACUCUGCAGUUUUUGCCAUGAUUUCCCGAGUAAACAUGGUUAUUGUUGGAGCUCAUGCUGUCAUGGCUAAUGGUGGGGUCAUAGCACCUGUUGGGCUGAACAUGGUCGCUCUUGCUGCUCAGAAGCAUGCUGUCCCAUUUGUUGUUCUCGCUGGCAGUCACAAGGUACUUCAGCAUAAUUGCUGCCUGACCUCCAAACUUCUAGACAUUUUUGUGCAAGAACAAGUGAAACCCCUUUUUUUCUUUUUACAGCAGUACAGGAGAAGGGAAGAUGUGGGUAAGUUCUGCUAUCUGCCAGUUUCCGUUAUAUUUGGUGGUUCAUGCAUACCUUGUGAGCAUGCUUGCUUUGGCAUUGGUGCCCCUCUUCUUCAUGUUGUCAACCCAACAUUCGAUUAUGUGCCACCAAAGCUUGUUAGUCUCUUUAUAACUGAUACUGGAGGGCAUAAUCCAUCAUACAUGUACCGCCUGAUUGCGGAUUAUUACUCUGCUGAUGAUCUUGUAAUGCAACGGAGAGCUACUUCGGGGAAUUAAGUUUACAGAGAUUGUUUGUGAUGCCUGUACGUGGAGAAAUGAAAUUCUAGUCAGUGAUUACGGAAACUAACAGGUAUCGUUGGAGGGAAAUUUGUUAAAUUGUCGAUACGAAAGUGUGGAAUCAACUUUGGUAAAACUGGACCAUACCAUAGAAAAGUCAUUUUUUUGUGAUUAUGGAGAGAUGUAGGACCCAGGAAAUAGAAAUGCAGUGGGAGAAAAGAGAGGAAUGGAAGUGAAGGUAACAUGUUUAUCUUUUAUAUCGCCAUGAAAAUUCCUCAACAUUCUACUGUAUGAGAACUCAUGCAUGCAAGGAACUAUUGUUGUAUUACUGUUGACUUGAAACUUAAUGGGUGGUGGUACUGGAGAUAUACCUCCUUUGCAUUUUACUUCUAAAUUCAGAAAUUCCCAGUUUAUA